CCUGUCCCGGCGCGCGGUUCGCCGCGGGUCUAAAGUGGACGGAGGUUAGAGCUGAAGCGCGGCCCGGGGAAGCAUGGAGGCGGCAGAGACUAAGGCGGAGGCUGCUGCCCGAGAGGCCCUGGCCAAGGUGGCAGACAUCCUGGAGCCUAUAGGUCUUCAGGAGGAGGCAGAACUGCCCGUGCAGAUCCUGGCUGAGUUUGUGAUGGACUCCCGGAAGAAAGACAAGCUCCUCUGCAGCCAGCUUCAAGUAGUAGACUUCCUGCAGAAUUUCUUGGUUCAGGAAGGCACUGCCCAGGACCUGAACCCCUUGGCUUCUGAAGACACGAGCCGGCAGAAGGCAAUUGAAGUCAAAGAGCAAUGGAAAGAGCUGAAGGCCACCUACCAAGAGCACGUGGAGGCCAUCACAAGUUCCCUGACCCAGGCACUGUCCAAGGUGGCGGAGGCCCAGAGGAAGCAGGCCCAGCUCCAGGAGGCCCUUGAACAACUCCAGGCCAAGAAGCAAGCGGCCAUGGAAAAACUCAGAAUAGUCCAGAAGCAGUGGCAGCUACAACAGGAGAAGCGUCUGCAGCAUCUGGCAGUGGUUUCUUCAGAGGUGAGGGAGCGUCAGGCAGGAACUCAUCAGGAGCUUGAACGGCUGUAUCAGGAACUUGGAACCCUGAAGCAGCAGGCAGAGCAGGAGCAGUACAAUCUGCAGAGGCACCAGACCUUCCUCCACCUGCUAUACACCCUUCAGGGUAAGCUGCUAUUCCAUGAGGCUGAGCCAGAGGCAGAGAUGCCACAAGAGCUGGAUCUUCCUAAGGAUAAGCCCCAGCAGCUGACCCAGCCCCAGGAGCAGAACAUUCGGGACACCAUGGGGAGAGAUGAGGGUGUUUCCUCCAAGGCCAACAACCCACAGCCUGCUGGAGAUACAGGCUUACCAUGGCUUCCUGGGAGACAGCAACAUGGGGAAGGAUCCUAGAGCAGGUCGGACUCCAACUCAGGCCAUGCUCUCUGGCCUCACCCACAUUGCAGGAUGGACUUAAAUUCCUUGAUUGCAGCUUGAUUUUUGACUACGUACCAGGUCAGGGCAGGCUCUGGAUUCUGUUUAUUAAAAACCCUGGAGUUCUCUCAGCUGCCUGUUUGUCCGCUUAUCUUCAUAUGUUGGUGGGAAGAACCACACUCAUAGGCCAGCAACAAGAUAGGUGUUGGGACUGGUGUGAAUAGAGAGGGUAUAGAUGGGGAAGGGGCCCUGGCCUGGGGCAUCAGGGGUUGCUUGCCCAAAGGGAUAUACUACAAACAUGCUGAGCUUAAUUCACAUUCACGGAGACGAUGAAUGCUUUAUGCAGGUGAUUAGAUGUGGGAGGAUAAUUUUAAUUACUGAUCCAAAUGUUUACUGAAUCUCUGAUUUGUGCCAGGUCCCUUGCUAUGAACUGGAGCUACAGCGGUGGGCUUAUCUGACCAGUCCCUGCCUACAUGGAGCAUAAUGAGAAUGAACAAUUGAAAAGCUAAAUAGGAUGAUUUCAGGGUGUGUUAAAACAGGGUAGCAAACUAAAACAGAGUAAUACAAUGAAGAGCAAUAGUGAGAGUAUAGAGACCCCCAUCUAUGUAUAUUGGCCUGUGUCUGUGAGUCAGUAUUUCUAUUUGUGUUUGUGUGUGUGUGUUUCUGUGUCUUUCUUUGUUGCUUUCAGUCUCCAUUCCUCUGUGUGUCUGUCGCUGGGUUUGUGGACAGGGGCGGGCACUACUGUGUUUGAGAAAGAGAUUGCAUUCCUGAUUGGGAGUGUGGAAACUGCUACUUCAGAGAGAAAGAGAGAGAAAAAUGGCAGUUCUCAGAGAGUAGAAAACUCAUUUUCCGUAUGAGUAAAGGACCUUCAUGUGAGAGAAAGACCUAAACAUCCCCAUGAGAAAGACACUGGGGCGUUUUGUUUUUGGUGAGAGAAAGUUUUAAGAGUCAGUGUUCACUGUUCUGUCUCAGACUGGGUCACCUUCUCUCAGGUGGAGAUUGAGAUCGUUGUGCAUUCCGAUGGUUUGCCCUGCUUUACUAAGGUGUCCCUAGUUUUCUCUCAAAUUGUCUUUUCAAAUGUGUUGGCCCCAUUUUUUAGGUAUGAAAUAGGAUAAUUAUCAGAGGUCUUUGGGCUCAGAGAGGAUUGAGGAUACUCCACCAGGGAGCACACAAAUGCCCACAGAGUGGCUUCCUCAAUCUACUCAUCCCCCUCCCUCCCACAUGGUUCCUGCUGUAGCCUUCUAGUAACCCAAAUAUCCAGUCCCAUUUUUCCCUCCCUCCUACUGGAUGUGCUCCCUUACCCCUACAGUCUCAUUUCCUUUCUAGUCUCAUGUUCUCCAAAAUGUCUGCGGCACAAACGAGAGAGCAAGAGUACAUAUAUAUAUAUCCACCCCAGGAAAGGAGUGUCUACUACGGGACACUGGGGUGUGGGUUGGGACGUUGUGGAGUUUCCCUAUCUUUGCAUACAUUAUGGCCGUCAGAAAGUCAGCAGGGAAGAGAAGACACUCACAUGGAGCCCACCAAAAUGGGGGUGAAGGAUAAUAUCCUGAGAUACUCCAAGCCAGGGACAGGGGAAGGAGAUUGGGCAGAUGUACAGUAAUCAAACGCAGAGGUCUGCAAACUUCUGGGAACCAGAUUUCUCUCAAGGAGUGUGAAAUGCAUCAGUCCACACUGAGGCCAAAGAGGAGGGGAGGCUUGAUUAUCUGUUAUGUUCAAAGCCCUUGAAUUGCCCGUGUGGCUGGAGCCUCAAGUUGGCCGGAAGUGUCUUGACUGACAAGCUCAGGAAUUGGGACUUGCUAUCAGAUAGAAGAUGGACUUCAGCUUCCAGCUCUUCUUAGCCCUCUGUUAGGCCCUUAAAGACUAUCCUUGUUCAUUGAUACUUGCACAAUGUAGAUGUGUGCAAGGAGGAAAACUACCCCUGGGAAAUUGUGAUCUCUUACACAAAGACAUGGAAAUCUAUGAGUCCACAGAGGCUGCUGAAAAGGCCCUGCUGCCUGCCAGAGUUUUUACUCUUCCACUUUUCUAUUGAAGGGAAGGACACAGAAACCAGUGAAGAGUGGGGGCGGAGGGGAGACUAGGCAGUGAAUCAGCACAGUCAAGGCACUGUUGCUCUGUCUUGACCAGAAGUCUUGAUAACUUAAAAUGAAAAUUAAGCUUACUCUGUUAAACCAAUAGGAAAACUUUCUUUUUCUAUUCUCUUUAAGAAUAAUGUUUUCCUUUUUAAACUUAAUUUUGUUUAACAUUAUUAUGGUUAAACAUUAUUUUGUUUAUUUUUUUCUAGUUUCAUAUUUUCUAGGUAUUGUCAAUUUUUUCUAGGAAUUUUUCAUUCUAAUCUUUAAGUUGGUAUGAAGUUGUCGUAAUCUUUUUAAUCUAAAUCUGUAUCCUGUUUUAGGAUGGCCUAAUGUUAUAUUCCUGAUACUUUUUUUGUGCUUCACUGAUUUUUUCCUUGAUACAUCCCUUCAGAUUUUCAUUUUCAAAUAUUCAAAUACUGAAAGAUUGGCUUUUGUGAUUUGCUAUUGUAUGUUUUGUUCUGUUUCAUUGACUUGUGUCAUAUAUCUUGCUCAUUUUCUACCUUCUGUGUUUAGGUAGAGAAUAUGUAUUUUUUUGGUAAACUCUUUAUUUUUAUCAGAUAAUAAACUUGUAUAUUUGGAUCUUUAUUUGUUUUCUCAAAUAAACAUUUAAAGCUAUAAAUUUCUUCUGGCUUCCUAUUAGUAUUUUCACAGUCAUUCAAUUCAUAGAAGUUUCUAUUAAAAUUAUUUCUUUGAUUCAUGAGUUUCUUAGAAAAAUAAUUUUGAAAUUUUUUACUAUAUAUGAGAGGAUAAUCUUUCUAAGUUUAUUCUAAUUUGGUCAGAAAAUGUCAUCUAUGUAAUAAAAACGUUGAAAUUUAAUGAGGGAAGCAAUUGUAGCCUUGAAUGUGAUUUUUUUUUUUAAUGUUUCAUGUCGAUUUUAAAAGAAUGUCUGUUUUAGAACUGUCAUAUGUAAUGUUUUUUAUGUUUAUUAGAUUAUGCUUGUUAUGUUUUUAAGUUUAUAUCAUCUAUAUACUUAAUUUUUUAUUUUCUGAAUAUCAUCUUCUGAGAGGGGUAUGUUCAAGUGUCCAAGUGAGAGUAGAUUUGUUUUUUUCUCUUACAAACAUCUGGAUAGUUUCAGCAAAGCUAAUCCCCCUCAUUCUAUCUUUAUAAUUUUGGAAUUUGUGAAACUAAGCUCAUUUCAAAUAUUCUCCUCUGUCAUGAAAAGAAAACUAUCUUCCCAUUUUAGAAUCUUUCUGUCCUUAAUAAACCCCAUCCUGUCUUAUAGAAUUAUGCAACUUCUUAUAUUACAAUUUUUACGUCUCCUCUUUGGGCCAAAUAUGUGUAAGUUUUAAAAUAUAAACAGUGUGGUAUUAAAUCAACUAGUUUCAUUAUUAUUCCCAGCACAGUAUUUAAAUGACCCUUUUGAUACUUUGAACAUUGGGCUCUGAAAAAUUUAGUGAGUUUUUACACACUUUGCCCUUGAAACCCUGAAUAACCUAGGCAUUAAGUCUGAAAACUAGUCUCAGGAAUCAACAUCUUCAGGUCUUUUUAAACUGUCAUGGGGGGGGGGUAAAUUCUUUUCAUGUUGUUAAACUGAAUUUGUGUAACUGUUGACAUAGUUAUAAAAAAACUUGUUAAUCUUAUGGAGCUCUGCAAUUUUAGAUGCCAUAUUCAAACGCAUUUCUAAAUUUUAAGUUGUCAAAUGAACUUUAGCAAGCACACCUAUGCAAGGUAUGCAUAAUUCAUUUCAUCAUACAUUUUAUAGUGAUUAUACCCAUGUGAUAAUUAUUUAAAUGAGUUGAUUACUGUGUACCUAAAAUCAUGUUUUGAGAUAGAAAAAAGAAGGGGAAAAUCUAGAAAUAUGCUUUCAGAUGGUGACAGAACUUUUGGAAAUAAAAGAUUAUCACAAAUAAACAUUAUAAAAGAAAUAAACCAUAAAAUAUAUAUGUAAUCUAGUGCACAAAUUUUUUAUGUACUAUAAAUAAUGUUAGGAAAAACAAACACAAGUUGGAGUAAUCAAAGUAGGGUUUAUUUUAUGAAAGUUUGUUUAAAAUAUCCUAUAGAGUCUCCGUGUUAUGAAAUUAUAUUGCAAAAA